AUGGCUGCAAGUAACAGUAUGAGCAACAGUCGAGUUGCAUUAAUCACAGGCGGAACUAAAGGUAUUGGCUUUGAAGUAGCACGUCUAUUAGCAGAACGAGGUAUUGAAGUACUAAUUGGUUCUCGUGAUGAAACCAAAGGUGAAAUAGCUGCUGAAAAAUUAGCAUCUCAAAAUCUUCCAGUUACUUAUGUACUUAUUGAUGUUACCAAUCAAGGAAACAUUGAUUUGGCUGUGACAGAAGUAGAAAAUUCAUAUGGUCGUCUAGAUAUUCUUAUUAAUAAUAGCAGUAUCUAUUUACCAGAACCACGGCCAAUUGAAUUACCAUUAGAUAUAAUUCGACUUAAUUUUGAAGUUAAUUUUUUUGGUGCAUUUUCUGUAACAAAAGCUUUUAUGCCGUUACUGCGACAAUCACCAGCAGGACGUAUUGUUAACAUUUCAAAUGAUCUUGGUUCAUUUUACGUUCACGAAACAAGCCGACAACCUCAAUUUCAUUGUGCUUACAGUGCUUCAAAAGCGUCACUUCAUAUGUUAACACUUCAAUUGGCAAACGAUUUAAAAGGAACACGAAUUAAAGUUAAUGCGUGCGCACCUGGCUCAAUACCUACUGAUUUAACAACAUAUCAUGAACAUGCCAUUGCAGUUGCUACAAAACCAAUUAUUUACUUAGCUACAUUAUCGGAUGAUGGACCAACAGGAAAAUUUUUCGGGCAACAUUGUGAACAAGGAAAAUGGUAG